ACGACGACAAUAAAUAUUCAAGAACAAUUUUAUAUUUUUUAUACUGUCGCCACCUAGUGAUGUAGAACAUAACAUGAGCUCAAUCAGCUUAUAAGAGUUUUCUGAGCUAGAGACAUCUUUUUCUCAAGCAUUAUUAUUGUUUCAUAAUUGGUGGAAAUUUUAUAUUAUUUUAAUUAGAUUUAUAAAAUGUGGUUUUGCAUAUUUUAAAGCAUUUUCAUUAUGAAUCAGUAUUAAUAAAUUAAUAUUUAAAGAUCUUAUAUGGUUAGUAAAACAAAUAUAAAUAUCGUUACUUUUAUAUGUAAGUGAUUGCUGAAUGAACUUGCGCAUAAAGAAUAGUAUGCGUGUAAUAUGUACACGUAUUAAAGUGUGAGGAUAAAGAGUGUAAACAACAAUAAUUACAAUUUGACUUAUGGUCAUGUGAAAUUCUUCUCUAGUUCUAUAAAAUUGUUAACUCUAUCAUUUGUAUACGUAACGAUAAAAAAUAUGGCGACGAUGGAUGAAACAAAGCUGGAUAUGUACGAUGAUGCAACAUAUACUGUGGAUCCUCAAAAUGUUGAAGGAGAGAUGACAGUAGGACCCAAACAAAAAUCAAGCCUAGGUGAACUAGAAUUUAAUACAUUAGAUGAACCAAUAAGAGAUACAAUUCUUAGAGAUGUUAGAGCUGUAGGCAAGAAAUUCUAUCACGUUUUAUAUCCUAGGGAGAAGAAAAGUUUAUUGAAAGAAUGGGACCUCUGGGGACCGUUAGUGUUAUGUACAUUUAUGGCAAUGAUAUUACAAGGAUCAUCUGGUACAGUUGAUAAUUCUAACGAUGGUGGACCUGAAUUUGCAGAGGUAUUUGUUAUAGUAUGGAUUGGAUCCAUGAUUGUCACACUGAAUUCUAAACUUUUAGGUGGUAACAUAUCAUUUUUCCAAAGUGUCUGUGUCUUAGGAUAUUGUUUAUUACCAACUGCCAUUGCAUUAAUCUUAUGCAUAAUUAUAUUAAUGGUAGAACAAAGUACUUUUUUGUUCAUACUCAGAUUUAUUAUUACUAUGAUUGGGUUUAUAUGGGCCACGUAUGCAUCUAUGGCAUUCCUUGGAGAUAGUCAGCCUGUUGGAAGAAAACCUUUGGCUGUUUAUCCUAUUUUUCUAUUUUAUUUUGUUAUUUCAUGGCUAGUAAUAUCACAUACGACAUAAAAUCAAAUAUAAUAAUUAACAAUAUUUUAUAUAGAAGACUGUACAUGUGACUAAUUCAUCUUAGUAUUUCUAGACAUGUAAUUGUAAUCCAAAAAUAAUGUGUAAGAGAUGCUUGAUCAUUUCAAAUUUACAAUUUAUAUUAUCUGCUUUUUGUCUAUUACAAAGCAUGUUUGUACUAUGAAGUAUUAGUUGCAUAACCGUCGUUUUGUAUAUCAAUUACACUAUAUUUAUAGAAAAAAAUGUUUAUAAUAAUCUAUUUAAUAAUCUUUCCAAGCAAUUAAUGUAAUUAGUAAUUCAACAGAGACAUUAAAUUUAUUAUUGC